AUGAAGGAAUCCGCAUGGAAGGCUCUCGACCGGGUCAUGGCAUUGCUCCGGAGUGGAGCCGGGGUCGUUGAAGGAAUAGGAACGGCUCUUGUUCACGACUCUGCUGCCAUUGAAUCUGUUGAGUUUGCUCCUAUCGUAGAUAAGAGAAAGGCAGCUUAA